CCGCCCCUGCCUUCCCACUCCCAGAGCUCUGGCGGGGGUGGAGAGGAAGCAGCGGGGGUAGCAGACCUCGGAGGGAGGAUCGAUGCUGGGCAGGGGGCAGCGGGGUACCCCGGCAGCCUGGGGCGAGCGCCCCGAGCAACUGAGGGGCAGCGACAGAAGCAACAUCGGGGGUCAUAGCCCUGGUAAGCAGGACCACUUGCUGCCUACUGGCUCCUUUCAGAAGAAGAGGUUGGCAAGAAGGCCUGGCUAUAUGAGGACAGACACCAGGCCCCGGAUAGAGUGCCUUUCUGCAGCAGCUCACUCACCCUUCAACCUGAAGGAGCUGGGCCAAAGCCAGGACAGAAUGGCUGAGCUGAAGACCUGCACCAUGGCCAGACCGGGAGACUCUGCUUUGAGAAGACAGGGUUUCAGCUCUUUAGUUGUGAAUCCCAUCCUCAAGGGCAGCAGGGUCAUAGGACACAGUGUACCAGGAAAUUUCUGGUCUCAGCCAGGAUCAAGUACCGAACUGACCGACAAUGUAACUGAUCUUAUUUGUCCCUCUGCUUCUGUUUGUUUGGGAAAUUUUCCACCCCCCUGUACGUUUGAGGCCUCCCUGGACGUGGUGCAGAAGGAAGCAAACAACUCCUGUGACCAAGUAGGCCGCCAGCAGUCCCCUACAGCCCCGCCUAGUCGUCACGAUGUCUUUCACUCAAGCUUUAGUUUCAUACGGCUCUCUCUGCGAUCUGCUGGGGAGCGAGGAGAAGCUGAAGGUUGCCUCCCCACAAAGGAGGUAGAGCCCCCUUGUCAAAGUCCCACAGAGGUACGAACAGAAAAUACCAACGUGAAUGAAUCUAUCAAGAGGCAGAGCAGCUCAGCAGCCUGUGAGGACCUGAGGCUCACUUGUCAGCCUUGCGACUGCAGGACUGCCCAAGGCCCUAUGGGCACACUCCUGGCCGGCAGUACCCAGCCUGAGAAGGAGGUUUUCUCUUUCACGAAUACUGAUGCAGCCAUCUCCUGUUCUCCGGGUUCCUCCUCCGUGGGCUCUUCAGUUACCUCAGGCUACGAGAGCAGCAUCAUGGCAGGUGAUCACACUUGGGACACCCUGGUCAAGAAAUAUGAGCCGGUGCUGAUGGACUGCCUUCUGAGUAACCGGGCCUUGCUGAAGAUAAAAUCCUUGAUGUUGAAGCUUCAGAAACUUCAGGAAAAAGCAGUUGAAGAAGAUAAUUAUGAUAGAGUAGAAACAUCUAGUUGUUAUGUGUCUGAGGCUGGAUUUGAACUCAGAAGUACUGAAAAGAAAGAUUCAUCCUGAAUUUCAUGUUUUCAUUUUUUUCUUUCUUCCUCUCUUGGGUAUCUAGCUGAAGAAUUAAAACAAAAAUUAGAAAACUUGGAGAAAGAAAAGAGCACCCUAAAGUUCCAUCUUCCUUCAAGACAUCCAUCCAUUAGCUCAUUUUUGGACCAUUUUGGAGCCCAAGUUCAAUCUACUCUGCACUGGGCUACACGUGGGGUGAGCAGUGAAGAAACCCAACCCCAGCUUAGAAUGGAGACCAACCUCACAGAAUCUGCAGUUCAGGAGAGACUCCAGGUUUCUAUCACCAGGAGAGAUUGGCUUCUUCAAGAGAAACAGCAGUUGCAGAAGGAAAUCGAAGGCCUCCAAGCAAGGAUGUCUGUGCUAGAAGCAAAAGAUCAACAAUUAAGACGGGAUAUAGAAGAGCAAGAAAGGUUCAUCCAGUUUCAGGACUGUGAGCUGACUUCCUUGCUGGGCUGUGUGCCCCUGGGAGAACUGCAGGAGGUCAGGAAGGCCUUGGAUGACACGCUAGCCUUAUCCUAUCAGAUCCCAUUUAGUCUGGAGCUCCCUGGAACUAUGAAGAGCCUCCAAGAGAAGGAGCAGUCACUCAGCUUGGCCAUUAAAGAAACUACUUCAAAGGUUUGUACGAGUCAGAAACUCUGCAGCUCUCUGAGGAAGAAAGUGAAUGAAAUCGAGAACCAGCUACCAGCCUUGCUUGAAGCCAAAAUGCUUGCUGUUUCAGGGAAUAGUUUCUCUACAGCCAAGGAUCUCACAGAGGAGAUUAGGUCGUUAACAUCUGAGAGAGAAGGGCUGGAAGGCCUGAUCAGCGAGCUGCUGGUGCUGAGCGCCAGGAACAUCAGGAAAUUGGAGAGCAUUAAAGAAGAUUACAACAGACUGAGACAAGAAAUAGAGCAGGGGAAGACUGCCUAUGAGAACAGUGUGAAGGAAAAUACUGUGAAGUACAUGGAAAUACUGGAAGAUAAAUUGUGCAGCUCCAGGAGUCAGCUUCUAGAAAGAGUGUGGGAAGCUGAUUUGGAAGCUUGUCAACUUUUGAUCCGGGGCUUCCAGCUUCAAGAGGUCAGCAGCAGUGUUUCGGAAGGAGAGGAGAUUCAGAUAGACCGCUUCGAGAUGGCCACCCCUGCUCCUGCCUCUGUCACCUCUCUCCUCCCGAGGCCCAUUUCAGAAGAUGAACUGAAACCCUUUUGUCAGCUGUCUGAGGAGAGGCAAACAACCCUGUACCCCACCAUUCAGGGUGGUGGCUGUGAACAGAAAGAGGAAUCUUACAUUAUUUCUCUAGAACUGAGAGAAAAAUGUGAAGCCAUAAGUGAAAAGUUAUUGUAUUUGGAAGAUCAACUUCAUGUUGCAAUCUAUAGCCAUGAUGAAGGUCUUAUUCAAGCUCUCAAGAGGGAGAUCCAGAUGGUGAAGGAAACUCUGCAGGCCAUGAUUGUGCAGCUUCAGCCAGCAGAGGCCGGAGACUUCCUGUGUGCCAGCUGGUGUCCAGAAAACCCCGGCUGGACAAAUGAUGGGGGAGGUGGGAGAGGAGACAGUUUCACAGUUUCAUAAAUCCCAGUUCCCAGAGGGCUGCUUCGGGUAACUGAGCCCUCUCACGCACCAAGCUGGACACACCUCUUCACAUUCUGCUUAAUGAAUCCUCUUGAAGAAUUUAUGGAGACUGGAGUCUUGGAAGACCAUUGGAAGAGGACUAUGCUGAUUCUUACAGGCUAGCACAGAUCAGGAAAACAGCUUUCCAUGAAGUAUGCAUGGUAACUGGAAUUGGGGAGACUACAAAUUAAUAUGGUGGCAGAGGGAAAGAGAUACUGAUUUUCCUUUAGAAUGGGAAAUAGAGAUACCUCAAACAUGUUAUUAACCAUGGUUUCCCUGCUCAGGAUUAAUGAUGUUCAAGUAUUUCCCUUCCAGCCCCCCCCCCACCCCUUCAGAGACAGGAAUCCUGACAGAUGACUGGCCUCUCCCCCUCCCACUGCAUUUUCUUGCUUUGUACCACACUAAAAAUGUUUUCUCAUAAAAAAGAAAUCCAAACAGUAGUCAAUUUUUCCCCACCUGUGCCUGGGCUGCAUUUUCCUAGAGGCACAUUAUAUAACAGAGAUAAUUAACCUCAGAAUGUUGAGUAGCUUUUCAUCUUAUUUCUUCUGUGACUUACCUAUGACUCACAAGAAUUUAGCACCAGAAACCUAAAAUGUGUUUUUUUCUUUUAAAAUGACAGCAGCCGCUAUUGUGUAAAUGCCUAAUUAUCUUUUAAAGAGAUGAUUUCUUGCUUAGCCCUUUGUUUUUUUUUUUUCCCAAUGCUUUUGAUUGCUUUUUCUACAUUCUGAAACUCAGCUCUAAAGGAUAUAUGCAUUGAAGGGAUUAGAUGAUAUAUGAGUUGACUUUUACAAAAGUCUCAUUUUCUUCCCUGAUCUUUUUCACUGAUUUGUCAGACAGGAAAUGGAAGUGAAAACCCACCCAUAAAUGACACAGUGUUCAAUAACAGCUUUUAGCAUUACAAGUCCAGUGCCCUUCCUUUCCACAAAAUCAAGAUAGUGUUAAACUCUUGAUAAAAUAGCUAUGCAGAAGAGACUUAUAAUAUACUGACCCAGUUAGGUUAUUUUCAUUCUCAGUCCUCUAACUGAAACAAAAAUGGGACUCCUAACCACUGACUGUUUGGCAUAUAGCAAGAAGAGAUUUCAUCUAUUGACUGGCUAAAGACCAUAAGCUCCCCCACAAAUCUGAGGCCAGACAUUGUCCUGAGCUCUUACCUGGCCCGAUGCCAUACUGAAGCAAGAAUAUUCUGCAAAUUGAUUUUAUUCUGUUUUGGCUUUUAACAAUGGUCCUGCUUUGGUUUGAACCUAUUAGCACAUGAAAAGACUUCCAUUCUAAUCCAGAUAAAUGCCUUUACUUAAAUUAACGAUCAGCUUCUGAGAAUACAAGGCAAAGAGAAAGCAUAAUGCCUGAAUUUGAUGAUUUCUGUUGCUCCUCCUCCUUCUAGGGUAGCUAGGUGGCACAGUGUAUAAAGCACUAGAAUUGGAGUAAGGAAGACCUGAA